AUGCAAGACACCAAAUACUACGAACCAAGUAAUAUUUUUCGUCAGCCAGCUAUUAAUAUAAAGAAAAGAACAAACAAAAAGAGAAUUUUACAAUCGAUGACAACUUUGUCCACGUAUAAGAAAACGUGGCAGAAUAGUACUUCAAAAAUGAACUCACCGAUCUUGCGAAAGACAUCAGACAAUUUCAAUGACUUCUACACCACUAGGAAACUAAAAUCAGAUUAUUGGAGGUUGUAUGGGGUCGAUGAAUCCGAGUUAUCUAUACCUUCAGAUAUUUCUCUUUUGGAUAACAUACUUCUAGUGUCUACUAUGAACGACAAGGACAACUUAAAACUUUUCGAGAUCUCUACGAAGAAAAAGCUAAAGGAACUACAGACGAUAACUGUUCCUGGUAAACCUAUUACCUGUAUCUGCUUAUUGCCAAUGGUAGAUUUUCCACCACAAAUAUUUGCCAACUCUCAAAUAAAUGCUAGUCAUAACCAAUUAAUCUUGACAGGUCAUCAAGACGGUAUAGUAAAUUUAAUAUCUACUUCAACAUAUAAGGGGUGUGCCAAAAUAAUAAAACGAUUCAACCAUAACAAAUUUUUAAAAUCUACUGUGUCAUCAUCAAGUCCCAUUCUGGAAAUAUCACCAAAGACAGCACCAAUUUUGAAGGUGUCACCAUGGAAUAGGACUGGUUUCGUUUCCCUUUUAAACGACUCCCUGUUCAUAUAUGAUUUGAAAUCGAACCCGGACUCCAUAAGAACGCCUAUUUUUUUGCAAUCAUAUCCAGGUAUUAAUUCCUUUUCUGUUAAUGAAUUUAAUGAUCCUUUUUUAUUGGCUUUAGUUGGCUCACAGUUUGGCCCGAAUGGCAUCUCACUACUUGAUCUGAGGACAAAUUUAUACAUUCCAGAUAUUUUGAAUAAAGGCUCGUCUGAAGAAAUUAAAAAAGAUAAUUUGCAAAGAAAAAACACAAGUUUGGAUUGUGUCUGGAUAAAUAACCAUCAUGUUGCCCAAGGCUUGAACGAUAAGAUUCAGAUUUGGGAUAUUCAAUCUUGCGAUGGUAAACCAGUUUGCGAAUUAUAUGCCAAGAAAGGGUACGUUGAAAGACUGAAAUUUAAUAAAAAAACAGGUUUAUUGUACAGCAGUGAUGACCAAGGCUUUGCGAUAUGCUGGGAUUUACAAAAUCUACAAAACAUGAAAUACGGUGAGUUGGUCCAUGGAUUCAACUCAAUCAGCUUAGAUGAUACACAUGAAUCACCGUCAACCAGGCAAGUUUUUCAAUGUGGUAAUAUUAUUGUAAGUGGUACUGAUAAUAGGAAAAUUUGCUUGAGGAAUAAUGAGACUGCAGCCAAGGGAAUAGGAUGUGGUUUUUUAUUCCUUGAUAUGGCUGUUGAUGGAAGUUUGGUAACUCUUGACAAUUAUUGUGAACUGGGAUUACAUCAAAUUUGUCAGGUUCAAUUCAACGCCAACACUGGUAAACUAAUGAUCAAUGAUACUAGCACGGAUGCCAUCUCAGAUACAUCUGUAUUAUUAUCGCCUAAUGAAAGUGACCACAGUAUAACAGAUAUUUCUGAUGACAUGUUCUCAAAUUCAGGUAAUUGGGAUUGCUCUUCGGGAAAUACUAUUAGUGAAGGUAGAAUGAAUGGCUACCAAGAGGAUGAUGUCCUUUCGAAAAGGAUGUAUUCUGUGAAUGAUAUGCAUUUGAGUGGAUCCACUAUUGAUACUACUGUUUUCUAG